AUGGAUGCGGAGCAAAAUAUUCGUGUCUGUCAAGAACGCGUACAUACUUUGCUUGAUCAAUUAAAAACGGCCUACAAAGCAGCCGAUUAUCAGUUUAUGCGUCAAGCCAUUUCGCGUCUGAUUCAUUAUCGGGAUCGUCUAGCGAUAGUUGAACCAACAUCAAAGCUAGAAGACAUGUAUAAAACUCUCACUCUUCUGGUUCAAUGUUCAUUAGAGGACAUUGAAGACGUGUUAAAUAAUCCGCGAAAGAAAGUAAGUGGACAAGUGCUAAGUGCUAGUGAGGAUUAUGGUGCAGCAGCAGUGGAUCUGAGCGCAUCCCGAGCCGAGUCGAGCAGAACAGGAACCAUUCCAAAAGCUUCGAGGGACAGGAUCGCAGCCAGCUCGAAUCAGCUAGUCGACAUCGGAAAGGAGCAGCCAGCUCGCAGUGCAUCGCAGUCGGAGGCCAACUCAUUCAGUUCAGGACGCGAAAGCACGUACUUAGGGAAUUCACCAUGGGUGAGCGGAGUUGCCGCAGUUGAAGAACCAGUUUCGAGGAGACAUCUGCAGAGGCAACUGCUUUCAGACCGAGAGCGCAACGUGCACGAAUCGCAGCAGGCAGCAUCAUACCUGCGCGGCGCUGAAGAACAUAAUUUUGGGUCACAGCCACAACAGUUUAGUCGUCAUCGUGCAGCUAGAAGCAGCGAGAAGCUUGGGUUUCAGGAAGACGACUCUGCUCCGCCACCGUACGCUUCAAGAGAAGCGGGAGAGUCAUUUGCGAGGAAUGAGUACAGCCGUUUAAGAGAUGAAUUACUGGAGCGAUAUAUGCGACGUGAACAGGAAGCAAACCAACAACGGCGCUGGGAAGACCGACGUUCUUCGAGCAAGGCGAUUCACAAUUGGCAGAUUUUCUACAAAGGUGAGAGGGAUGGCGCGUCGUUGAACGAAUUUAUUCAAAGCGUGGAGGUGUUCGCAUUGUCAGAAGAGGUUCCGGAGCAAGUUUUGUUGCAGAACAUCAAGCACUUAUUGAAAGGUGAUGCUUUAAAGUGGUACGCGAGAGCAUUCUUGAGAGGCGAUUUGAGAUCCUGGGGUGAUUUCAAGCGGUUAAUCCGGGGAGAGUUCCUACCAAGCAGCUACGCAUACAUUUUGAGGGCUGAGGCAUAUCAUCGGCUCCAAGGGGAGCAAGAAACUUUUAGUGACUUCUUCGCAGACAUUUCUACACUGUUCAGCUAUGCAAAUCCUCCCGCAACGGAUAGAGAGAAAUUGUUUAUAAUAAAAAAGAACAUGAAUUCUACGUACGCUCCGGUAGCAGCAGCACAGCAAGCAGCUUCGGUUGAACAACUGGUAGAAGCAUGUAAGGAAUUCGACGAGCUCAGAAAGCUCCAACAGCUGCAGCGGCGAAUGCUACUUCCGGCAGCAUCGCUGUUAGAACCAUCGCUCGCUACGCCAGUGCCAGUACAACGCGCUAAUCGCAGUGCUCCGAUGAAUCAGCGCUACGGAAGAGUCAAUGUGCUAGAAGAAAUGAACAGUCGCAGAAAUGAAGAAGCAGUGAGUUCAUACGGUGAAUCGUCGGUGAUCAACAGUAGCAACAAGGUGGAAGAUCGUUUGGAGGAACUGAUUCAUCAGGUCGACGCAUUGAGGGUGAGAUUUGAACGCAGGGAGCAAAACACUACAAACACGCGGGAAAAUCAAUCGCGACCGGCCGUGUCCGGUCAGGAGCAACCAGAACCAACGAGCGAGCUGCCCAAGUUGCCGUCAUCGUUCGGGAAACGCCCCGGCGGGGAACUAGUAACGGAGGGACCAAAUUCCUCGCCAUGUUUUGAUGAUCCUUCCCAAAUACCGGAUUUCAACAACAUCAACUCUUUAGUCAUCAAUCUAAACAACGACAAUCGACCGCAUGCAGUAAUCGAAGUCCUGGGAAAAAGCAUCACUGGUCUGUUAGAUAGCGGGGCGAACUGCUCGCUUCUCGGAGGAAGCUGUGUACAGCUAGUGGAGCAGCUAAAAUUGCGGAAAGGAUCGUUGGCUGGAGGAAUUAAGACUGCAGAUGGAACGGAGCAUCAUUUCCAAACGUUUGUUCGUCUACCUAUUGCUUACAAUGGAAAGACCCGAGUAAUCCCAGUAUUGCUUUUACCGACCCUGCCGGAUUGCGUGAUUCUGGGGAUGAACUUUUGGAAUGAAUUCGGAGUCAAGGCCAUAUGCUGUAGCAUGAAAUUACAAGGUGAAGUCCAGGGCAACGAUGAAGAGGAGGUCAACAGUAACUUCGACAGCAACGUAACGAGCAAGAGACAUCAGCAGAAGCAGUUGUGGCCGGAACAAUCAGUCAUCCUAGAAGCAACAGUAGCAAACUUCCCUACAGCAACGGAAGGUCGUCUGGGUCGCACGAAUCUAUACACACACCGCAUUGAAAUCGGGGAUGCGCAACCGAAGAAGCAGCGUUACUAUGUGAUGUCGAAAUACGUGUUGGACGAGGUAAACAAGGAAAUAGACCGAAUGAUAAAGCUAGACGUUAUCGAAGAAGCUCGCUUUUCGCCGUGGAACAACCCGCUGGUAGCCGUGAAGAAGAAGACGGGCCAAUAUAGAGUGUGUCUGGAUGCUCGCCACCUAAACUCCAUCAUGAUCAAUGAAGGCUAUCCAAUCCCGCAGAUUGCAGCAAUUAUGAACAACCUCAGCGGCUGUAAGUUCAUUUCAUCGAUAGACUUAAAGGACGCAUUCUGGCAAAUACCACUUGAAACAGCUUCAAGGCAACUCACGGCAUUUACGGUACCUCAGCGAGGCCACUUUCAAUUUAAGGUGGUUCCUUUCGGGUUGUGCACCGCUAGCCAAGGACUGGAGAGAGUAAUGGUGACCAUCUUCGCGGAUAUGGAACCAAAGGUCUUCCACUACCUUGACGACAUUAUUGUGUGUUCGGAGACCUUUGAAGAGCAUAUAAAGUUACUCGAAGAAGUGGCCAAGAGACUUCGUGCAGCUAAUCUGACAAUUUCUGCUGAAAAAUCCUGUUUCUGUAGGAAGGAGAUAAAAUACCUGGGAUAUGUGUUAAACCAAGAUGGCUGGAUGGUAGAUCCAGAGAAAACAAGCUGUGUAGUCAAUUUUCCGAUUCCAACAACCAGGAAAGAGGUGCAGCGCUUCAUCGACAUGUGCAACUGGUAUCGUCGGUUUGUAGCAGACUUCUCGGAGAUAGCGGCGCCUCUCACGGAGCUUACCAAGGUAAAGCACAAGUUUCGUUGGACGAUUGAAGCAGAAGAAGCCUUUCUACGACUCAAAUCAGCCUUAGUAUCUACACCGAUUCUCGCGCCACCGGAUUACACGAAGCAGUUCGCGAUCGCUUGCGAUGCGAGUGAUGUAGCGAUUGGAGCAGUACUCACGCAAGAAACUGAUGGUCAAGAGCAUCCAAUAUGCUACUUCUCACAAAAAUUAUCGACAGCAGAGCGGAAAUAUUCGGUGACGCAACGAGAGUGUCUGGCAGUAAUCAGAGCCAUCGAGAAAUUCAGAGGAUACGUAGAAGACGUUCAUUUCAUCGUGUAUUGUGACCACUCUGCCCUCAGUUACCUCAAAACGAUGAAGAAUCCUACAGCGCUGAUGUGCAGAUGGCUGCUACGACUCAAUGCUUUUGAUUUUGAGAUUCGCUACCGAAAGGGAUCGGUAAAUGUGGUUCCAGACACCCUGUCCAGGAUUGUGGCUUCAGUAACAUUCACUCAAGGUUCAAAUGCAGAUGACUGGUAUGCUAGAAUGAAGCAGAACGUUAAAGAAACGCCGAACAAGUUCGCCGACUUUCAGAUCAUUCAGGACGAGUUGUAUAAGAAUUGUACCUCCAAGGAUGACGCCGGGAACACUACGCAUCGUUGGAAGAAAGCAGUACCCAAGGAAAAUCGUGUCGAAAUCAUGCGGAAAUUCCACGACGCACCUUCAGCCGCGCAUCUGGGAUUUCAAAAGACAUUGCAGAAAAUUCAGGUACACUUCUACUGGCCGAAGAUGAGAGAAGAGGUUGCACGGUACGUCAAGCAGUGCAAUGUUUGCAAAGGUAGCAAAGCAGCAAACUCCAAGAUGAUGCCUCAAAUGGGGAAGCUAAAGCCAGCACGCACCCCAUGGGAACUAAUUUCCAUAGAUUUUGUCGGUCCUUUAACACGCUCACGUUCUGGUAACACGGUUAUGCUUGUCGUGGUGGAUUGGGUUACCAAGUAUAUCGUCGUUCAUCCGAUGAAAUCAGCGGAUUCUGGCAAGAUGGUGGAGUUCCUCGAGAAUCAAGUCUUCCUGAAGUUCUCGCGUCCAAGAAUAAUCCUUUCAGACAACGGAAAACAGUUCAUCUCAUCUGCCUUCAAAUCUCUUUUGAGCAAGCACAACAUACAACACAUGCUAACGGCAUAUUAUUGUCCUAUGGUGAAUAACGCAGAGAGAGUCAAUCGAGUCUUGGUAACCUGCAUACGAUCGUUGAUCGACGAGGAUCAUCGGACCUGGGACGAGCAUCUGCCUGCAAUUUGCGCAGCCAUCAACAGCGCCAAGCAUGAAGUAACAGGAACCAGUCCGCACGUCGCAAAUUUUGGAAGAGAACUAAUUCUGCACACCGAUUUGUACACUCAGGAAGGUCUGAACACCGACGAAGAUCCAAAAAUCGCUCUGGAUAUCCGUUUAUCAACGAUCAAGCGCAUACAGGAGUUUGUGAUGAAACGAAUCCGGAACAACCAUGCGAAGUCGAAGGAGCGGUAUGAUUUACGAAAGAGAUCUGUGAUAUUCAACGUAGGAGAUCUGGUAUGGCGAAGAACUUUUACCCAGUCUUCUAAGGUGGAUCACAUAAAUCGUAAACUAGAUCCGAAAUUCCUGCCAGCGAUAGUGAAAGCAGUACUUGGUACCAACCUGUACACUCUUGAAGAUGUGUCAACCGGGAAACGUGGUCAGUACCACGCUAAGGAUAUCAAAGCGGACUAA